UCAUAUUCUGCCUUCUGAGGUCUUCAGCCUGAUUUCUCCUAAAACAGAAAAAUCCAGGACUACUCUGCUCCUCAAAAAUCUUCUUUUAUUCUCUUAUUUAUUGGUUCUAAUAGAAAAUGACAGAAUAUCAGAAGAAAAAAUACCCUCUGGUUCCACUCCAUUCUGAAUUAGUAGAAGGGCAGAAGUAAUAGGCACAUUUCUACUAAAUUGAGAAAGCAUCACAGAUAACUACUUCUUACCAAGAGAAGCUGCAGGAUAGGAUUUGGUGGCAGAUAACUAGAAAAUGCAAUAAAUUUUAUAUUACCUUGUAAUUAUGUGGCCUUAUAAUUUUUAUUUACCUCUAAAAUAGCUAAGAUUAAAAUUCCACUAUAGCUAUUUGGAUAGUCAGGUGAGGAAGUAUAUUUCCUGUUUAUAGCAUCAUUUAUUUUACUCUCUGUGGUUGUGAAGCCUGAAACUGAUGCAGAUGUGACUGACCAUUCAAUCACUCCCUGAAGAUUCCAGCACCUCUUCUUUUCUCACCUUUUAUUACUAUCAUUUUUUACCUUGAAACUCAAGAUUUUUCAGCAAUGAAAAAUAAAACUGUGCUGACUGAGUUUAUCCUGCUUGGCCUGACAGACAUCCCUGAACUCCAGGUGGUGGUUUUCACCUUUUUCUUCCUCACCUAUUCACUCAGCAUCAUUGGAAAUCUGACUAUCCUCAUCCUCACCUUGCUGGACUCCCACCUUCAGACUCCCAUGUACUUCUUUCUUCGGAACUUCUCCUUCUUAGAAAUCUCCCUCACAAACACUUUCAUUCCCAGGGUCCUGAUCAGCAUCACAACUGGAAACAAGAGUGUCAGCUUUUCUGGCUGCUUCACUCAGUACUUCUUUACCAUAUUCUUUGGGGCAACAGAGUUUUUUCUCCUGGCUGCCAUGUCCUAUGAUCGCUAUAUAGCCAUAUGUAAACCCUUGCAUUACAGGAUCAUCAUGAGCAGCAGAGUCUGCACCCAGCUGGUUCUCUGCUCUUGGCUAGCAGGGUUAAUGGUUAUUAUACCACCAAUCACUCUGAUGAGUCAGCAGGACUUUUGUGCAUCCAACAGGCUUGAUCACUAUUACUGCGACUAUGAGCCUCUUCGAGCACUCUCUUGUUCAGACACAAGCCUCAUAGAAAAAGUUGUCUAUUUUGUGGCGUCUGUGACCCUGGUAGUCACCCUGGUGCUAGUGAUUCUCUCCUACAUGUUCAUCAUCAGGACUAUUCUGAAGCUCCCCUCUGCCCAGCAAAGGAAAAAAGCCUUUUCCACUUGUUCUUCCCACAUGAUUGUCAUCUCCCUCUCUUAUGGAAGCUGCUUCUUCAUUUACAUUAAGCCCUCAACGAAAGAAGGGGACAAAUUUAACAAGGGAGUAGCUCUGAUCUUUACUUCAGUUGCACCUUUGUUGAACCCUUUCAUUUAUACCCUAAGGAACCAACAGGUGAAACAAGCCUUCAAGGAUAUGGUCAAAAAGCUUGUGAAUCUUUAAAGAAUAUCAGAAUUAAAGCCUUAAUAGAUGAAUCCUUACUAUGUACCAAGCUCUCUGCAAGUUACUAGGUAUCCAAUAAAUAGUUAAACUCCAGGCCAGUGAGAGAUACUUGAAAAUAAAUAAAUUACAACCUGUUAAGUGUUCAUAUAAAUAAAUUCAAUCUGAAUUAAAGAGUCAGUAUAUGUUUUCAGAGGGGAUGCUAUUUAUACUGCAUCUUAACAAGUGUAAUAAGUCAAGCAAGCAAAAUCAGAGAACAAGAAACUUGCAUUGAAAGUAUAUUGUUGGUAGGACCACAAAAUUUCAGUCUAGGAGGAUUGAAUAAAUGUUGUCAUUAAUUUCAAUAAAAUAAAAAGAAGUUGUAGAGAUGAUAGAUUUGAUUUUGAAUUAGGCACCUGGAUCUGCAACCAGAUUUAUGUAUUUAGCAAUCGUCACCAUGGAGAUGAUAAUUUAUGUGGGAACAGAGGAAAUCACAAAUAGAAGCAAGUAGAGAUGAAGUUUAAAUAGUAAACUCUAGGGAUCCUCUCAUAUUUUUAAGAGCAGAAGAGAUGAUAAGAAUGGCAAUAGAUCUAUAAAAUUCAUGUCUCAAGAAACAUGGUUGGCAAUGUAAAAUACUACAGAGAGCAAUUAA